UGUGAUUUGGAGGGAACUUGUUGAAAACAAUUUUGUGACCUUCAGAGAGAGAGUUCUGAGAAGCCAAGAAUCUGCUUUAGAUUCCUGCCAAACUGUGCAAAGUGUUGUCGUCUCCCUCCUCCUAAAUAAUAUCUGAAUAUCCGAUGACUGAUGAGAGUCAGGAAUCCUCACUACUUGGUGGUCCCCCUUUCCUGGGGAUCUUAGACUGACAUUUCAGGGCUUACAUUUCUUGCUAGAGGAGGUCUGCCUCUAUCUGAUCUGUUGUGAUAAUUGUGUUUAGGAGUAUCUCGUCCUGCUGAGGAUCUGGCUGCUGCUUUUGCCAUUUCUAGCGAUGCGUUUACUAGGAAUGAAAGAGCCAGCUAGAUUUUGACUAACGUGUCAGAAGUGUUAGUGUGUGAUGAAGAAUUUUUUAACUCAUGACCCCAAAACCGAGCUGUGCGUCUACACUAAGAGCUGCAGAAGCUGAAUAAGAAGCUGAAUAAUAGCGGCUGAGUGUAGAAAGUCUCUUGAGUGCCGACUCCAUCCCGGAAUGAUCCGACAUCCUCAGUGGGACGGGUAGUAUUUCUUUAUAAGAGGACAAUCGCUGAGUCUACUUUGGGAGAUUUUACCCAAAACACUUUGUCAUCAUCAGCUUUCACAAAUUUUGCAUAAAACUUCUGUGGAAUAGUGUUGCACUUCUCUGGAUCGGACCACUAGAAAUUGUCUGAGUGAUCGAUUGACUUGUGGGAAAAGAUCUGGUCUUUUUUGGUGUAUUUCCCAAUAUUUAUCCACUUUAGAAAUUGCUGGUUUAGUCUCUUUAAUUUCUGACAUGUCACAAAGGAGCUUAAGAAGCAACUCAACCUCAUCAGGCUGUUCAUCUUGUAUUGAAGGGGCUCACAUUGACCCGGGGAAUCAACCCGCUGAGAUAAGUGGAGCUGCACACAAAUAAUGGGGCUCACACGGCUUGGUAAAGGGGGGAUAACCUCUGUACCAGUUAAAAAAAAAAUCCACUUGCUUUUCCGGAAUCCUUAAUUAGUGUGUAGCUCAGCAAGUUAAGGCAGAUACACAUGGGGCUCACAUAAUUGUGGGAGCGCACACUCAAGAGGACUCGCCUACAACUAGAGCACACCUACAGUAUAAAAGCCCCCAGGAAUCCAGCACAUGGCUCAGAGCGACCCCCCCAAAUCACCGGACCCUCCUCUUCCCACUUCUAUUCGCAACCCACAGACCCCAGAGAGCGGCUGGGACCGGAUCCGAGAGCUUUUCCAGCCCAAUGAGCAGGGGCAUUACCCGGAGGAGGUGGGGUCUAUAGUGAAGAGUGCAGUGACGGGGGCCCUGCUGGGCGGGAUCUAUGGGGGUCUCCCUGCAGCGCGGCACAGUAAGGAGCGGUACAUCCAGCAGAGCCAGGCCCAGAUUUACCAGCACAGAGUGGAGGCCGUGAGAUCAGCUCACAAUGCCGCCCUCCGGGGGUUCAUUCGCUAUGGCUGGCGCUGGGGAUGGAGGGUGGCAGCUUUUGUCACCAUCUUUAACUCAGUUAGUACCGGCCUGACUGUGUAUCGGGAUAAGCUGGCGCUGAGUCACUAUGCGGCUGCUGGGGCUGUCACUGGGGGGCUGUUCAGGUUGAACCUGGGACUCGUUGGUCUAUUGAGUGGGUCACUUAUUGGAGCAGCACUGGGAGUCCCAGCCGGCGCCUUGAUCUCGGGGUUACAGUCGAUUUCCGGGGAAAGUAUCCGCGAGAAGAAACGACGAGAGCGCCAGGAACUCUAUGAGAAUAAAGUGCAGGAAUGGAGUGCCCGGCUGCAGGUCACAGAUGAGGUUCUAGAGGAGAUGGAAACCUCCCAGCAGGAUCCCCUGGAGCAGCAAGUGGAGAAGAUUCAAGAGCUCCUCCAGCUGCCCAGAAACCCAGCAGUGAGCCCCAAAGAGGGGAGGUAAUACCCCAAGAAAUGGGUCCAACAAUUCAGAACCCUGGCACCAAGAGCUGGGGGAACGCAGUGGAACCCCAGGAAAGGGCAUCUCUCAGAGACUUGGAUGGACUGAUGCCCCGACCUAGGGAGGAGAACUGAUUAUCUGCCCCUGGCAGGUCACCUGACCAAACUCACAGCAACAUCCCUCACAGGUAAAGACAUUAUUCAGUGGUACCAGUGAGUUGUCUCAUGUAUGAAGCAGCCAAUCAGCUUGUGAAUAAAUCCAAUAGGAAAUGA